AUGGAGGACCAGUCGGGCCCGGGCGACGCUGGCGAUGGCGCCCCCUCGAGCAGGGAGAGCGCGAGCGUCGCCCCAUCUACCACGUCGACCGGCACGGCCGAUGUGGGGGGCGGCGAGGACGACCGCCGCAGCAGCAGCAGCCGCGGUAGCGGCUGCAGCGGCAACGGCAGCAGCAGCGGCGGCAGCAGCGGCGAUGACGGCGGCAGCGACAGCAGCAGCAGCGGCGGCAGCAGCGGCGAUGACGGCGGCAGCGACAGCAGCAGCAGCAGCGGCAGCGAGACGGACCUCCCGGCGCUGCGUGGGCCAGAGGCCCGGCGGCUCGCCCGCUUCGACAAGCCGGCGGAACUAACCAGCCGCCGCUCCAGGGAGAACCCUCGCCGAAACCCGAGGGGAGUGGCCGGUGAGGGAGGCCAUCGGCAGCAUGAUGCGGGUGUCGACGUUCCGCGUCUAGACGUCUCGUUCGCCGUGCGUGCGGUAGCGCGCCAUGCCCACGCCCCGGCGAAGAGGCACUGGGAUGCCAUCCAGAAGAUCCUCGGCUACUUGAAAGGGACGAGGGAUCUCGGCAUCACCUACCAACGGGGAUCGGGGAUAGGGCUGGCCGUGUACGUAGACGCUAGCUACGCCGACACGGAGGAUACGCGUUCGGUGUCAGGGUUGGCGACAACGGUUGGAGGUACCGUAGUCAGCCAUGGUAGCAAGACACAGAGAAUCGUGUCGCUGUCUUCGACGAAAGCCGAGUACAUUGCUGCCGAAGAGGGAGUCAAGGAGGCGUUGUUUGUGCGUGCUGUACUUUCGUUUGUUGCCCCAGAGACCAGUGGUAGCAGCAUCGAGGUCCUUGAGGACAACCAGGGCGCCAUAGCGUUGGUGUAG